AUGACAAAAGCUAAGCCGCUUUAUACACGGCAAGAAUUAAUAGGAAGGGGAUCAUAUGGUGCUGUUUAUAAAGGGAUUCAUAAUGAAACAAAACAAGUUGUUGCAAUUAAAGUGCUUAAUUUAGAUACCACAGAAGAUGAUGUUACGGAUAUUCAGCGUGAAAUUUCUAUGCUUUCUCAGCUAAGACAAGUUGAUGCCCAAAAUGUGGUUCGAUAUCACGGUAGUUUUCUUUAUGAUACACGGCUUUGGGUGAUUAUGGAUUUUUGUGAGGGAGGGAGUAUACGCACAUUGAUGAAAAGUUGUCGUAUUGAAGAAAGAUAUCUUUCUGUGAUUAUUCGUGAAACACUUAUUGCUUUAAAUUAUAUUCAUCGUGCAGGUAUUAUUCAUCGUGAUAUUAAAGCUGCAAAUAUUCUUGUUACUAAUGAUGGUCGAGUACAGCUAUGCGAUUUUGGCGUGGCUGCACAAUUAAGUGCAAAUAGUUUUAAAAGGAGUACAUUUGUUGGUACACCGUAUUGGAUGGCUCCAGAAGUUAUUACAGAAGGAGUGUCCUAUAGUUUUAAAGCUGAUAUAUGGUCUCUUGGAAUUACAGUUUAUGAGAUUGCUACUGGAAACCCGCCAUUUGCUGAUCAGGAGCCUAUGCGUGCAAUUAUUUUGAUCCCACGAUCACCACCUACUCGACUUGAAGGUUCUCAAUUUUCUUCUCAGUUAAAAGAGUUUGUUGCAAUAUGUUUGAAUGAGGACGCAGAUGAGCGUCCUAGUGCUGUGGAAUUACUGAAAACUAAAUUUAUUAAACAGGCGAUGAAAACACCUACAUCUAUUUUAAAGGAGUUAUUAAUACGUUAUGAUCUUUGGUGUCAACAUGGUGGAGUUCGUAAUUCUCUUAAUAUUUCUGUAAAUGAUGAGAAUAAUAAUGAUGAUAAUUUUGAGCUUGAUAAUAUGAAUGAUCAAUUCAGUGGAGAAUGGGCUUUCGAUACUAUUCAAAGCUUUUCUGAGAGUAAAUUGUCUGAUUCUGAUGAUAAAAAGUCAUCGAAUAGACUUGAAAGAGUAUAUCAUGUUGAAACUUUGAAAAAUAAAACAUCUAUUUCUAAUGAUAAUUCAAAUAAUCAUAAAGCAGAUCACCCUCUUCUUCAGCUUUUUAUUCAAGAAUCUUCUGAAAAAACGGAAUCAGAUUCUUUAAUAUCUUCAACGCACCUUAAUGCUUCAUCUAAAAAUUCUACACAAACACAUGAUUUGAAAAAUAAUUUUAAUCAAAUAUCUAUUGAUAUUUCGAAUGUAAAUUUAGAGCCUUCUUUAACGCGUUCUACAUUGAAUGAUAAUCCAAAAUCUUCCGAACAGUUAAUUUUGAAUUCAGUGCAACUUAAAAACCAUGAUCAAAAUCAAUCAUCUAAAACAACAUCUAAUUUUCCUUAUUCGAAAUGUAAACCAUCAGAUUCUGUUUUCGAUCUCGGCCAUCAUUCACAUAUGCAUCCUGCGCCUCCAUUACGUUCUAAUUCUGAAUUAUCCAGACCUCCACAUUCAUAUGGUCGUACGUUUGAUUCAAUACCAUUUAAAGAAUCAUCUACUUUAUCAUCUAAACACAUAGGUGCUUCGUUUGAUGUUCAAUCAUUUUCUAGGAUGUCUCAUAAAAAUAAACAAGCAUUGUCAAAAGAGCAAUUAAAUAUGUCGAAUAACGUAUCUAAGUAUAAUUUAGAUAAAAGGGCAUUCCUAUUAAAUACAAAGUCUAGUGUACAAAAUAUUUCACCAAAAUCAAAAUAUUCUGAAGUUAAUAAUUUAAUUUUUCUUCCACCAUCACCGUCUCAGUCAUCUGUAUCUCAAAAUUUUCAGACUUUGAAAGAUUCUUCAUUGUCUAAUACAUGGAAACCUCCUCAAUUGGAACCAUUAAACUUAAAAGUCUUAUCUGAUUAUCCAAGUUCUGGAGAAAAUAAUGUUAAUGAUUCUAUUAUUACUGAAUUAGAAAAAGUGCUUCUUGGGUUCCAAAGUUAUUUAGAAGUUCUCGAUAAAGGGCUUUCUGUUAUUCAGGGAAAUAGUUAG